AGGCGGCGGCGGCGGCCGCUCGGGGACCACUGGCAGCGGCGUCUGCCUGCGCCCGCGCCCUCCUCGCACCCGAGGCGCCCCCCGGAGACCGACCCCCGCCCCGCGGCCCAGGCCGGGGCCCGAACCCAGCGGGUGGCGCGUCUCCACUCGGGCCUCCACCACCUCCAACGAGCCAUGUUCCAGGCUGCAGGAGCCGCCCAGGCCACCCCAUCUCAUGAAGCCAAAGGUGGCGGUGGCGGCAGCACUGUGCAGCGCUCCAAGUCCUUCAGCUUGCGGGCCCAGGUGAAGGAGACCUGCGCUGCCUGCCAGAAGACUGUGUACCCCAUGGAGCGGCUGGUGGCAGACAAGCUUAUCUUCCACAACACCUGCUUCUGCUGCAAGCACUGUCACACCAAACUCAGCCUGGGCAGCUACGCAGCGCUGCACGGGGAGUUUUACUGCAAACCCCACUUUCAGCAGCUGUUUAAGAGCAAAGGCAACUACGAUGAGGGGUUCGGCCGCAAGCAGCACAAGGAGCUCUGGGCCCACAAGGAGGUGGACCCCGGCACCAAGACGGCUUGAGGCCUUCCACUCCCUCGGUGGGGCCGGGUCAGGGCAUGGACAGGGGCAGGGCGGGGAGGGAUGAGGCUUGCUCAGGCAGAGGGGCACGGGGCAGGGCCCAGCUCCAGGAUUCCUUCCUUCUCCCCCAGGGGUGGGGGUUUGGAACCAGGAUUGGGGUUUGCUCACCACCCUGCUUCCUGCUGCUUUCCACCCCAGCUUCCCUAUCUAGGUGCCUUUUCUCCAGCAAGGAGUCAGGAUGCCCUCCUCAGGGUCCUAAGCUCCCUUACUGCCACCCAGGCCGGGCCAUGUCCAGCCCCCAAGUCUCCCCAUCUACCUCUGCCCUUAGCCUGGUCCUGAGCCAUGGAGACAGGGAGGAAGGAGGGCGCCACCUGUUGGGCCUCAUGAAUGCCACUGCAGCCCGUGCGGGAGGGGAUGGGGAACUGGAGCCACCCUGCCCCCUGCCCAGGCAAGGCAGGGCCUGCCCCAGCGGGGCUUGGGACCAUCUCUUACCACCCGAGUCCAGUGGAGAAGCGGAAGUAAAGCACCCACCAAGCUGAGCACCCCAGAGACUGGCAGCGGGGCUGGCCGCGGCCCCCUCCCCUCCUGUUUCUGAC